CAACAUCAUUUACUCGUGUUCAAGCCUUGACAACCCCAUUUUUUUAACUGGUUUUUUUUUUCCAAAACCCAAUGCUAAAAACUGAAACGCGAUGUUCUCUGUCUAACUUCUAUCCCAAUUUCAAGCCGACCAGGCCAGACUCCUCCCUUAAGGCGCAGACCGCAAUACGCCAGUCCCAGCCGGAAGCCACCGCCUAGCACCAUCCAAAUCCGUGAUAGAAGAUGAUGACCAGUAGGAGGAGUUUGAUGGGUGGUUGUUGCAAACUCUUGUUGUUGACGCGGAAUCACUUUCCCAGAUCUAGACCCAGACCCACAACAUUAACAUCAAACUCUUUCACCACUUGGAUUCCCAAGUUUUCUGAUAUUAACUCUCCGGAUUUACAAAAUCUCUUGUUUCGAAUGGCUUCGACACGAUUUUAUUCAUCUGAAUCAAGCAAUAACCCUUAUCCAGUUCCAGACCUAGACCUAGACAUGAAGAAGAAGCUUCAGGAAAAGGAGGAUAUUGAGAUGAUGAAGCAUCAGGAGAUUGAAGGCCCCACUGUGGAAAGGGAUCUCUCGGCUCUAGCGAAUGAAACCAGGGAGGUGACCAACUCUCUGCUCAAGACUAUGUACGAUGUGAGCAGCCUUCUUGCUUUGCUGGGUUUGGCUCAUUUAGCCCUGGUUGCCUACUUCUUAAACUGUAAAUACCCAUCCUUUAUGAUAAUCACCAUCAGUGCUCUAGCAUUUGGCUUUCCUUUCUCCAUGGCCUUUAUGCUUAGGCAAUCCUUGAAAUCCAUGCAUUUCUUCCUCAAGAUGGAGCAAAGUGGUCGCCUUCAGAUUUUGACCACUACUAUGCAGAUCUCCAAGCACCUUCGUCUCUUCUUCCUCCGCCUUCGCCCUCUUUCUUUCUUGUGUCUUGCUGGAGUGGUCAUGGAAGCUGGAGGAACAAAUGGCGACAUAGCAUCGGAUGGUGAUGGAGAUCUGGAAGACCAACCUCGAGUAGAUGAACGCUCGAGACCUCUUGUGGAUCGACUACUUGAUCCUCCAAAAGAGCUACCUCGGUGGCCCGAACCCCGAGGAGAAGGAGCCAAGGGUAGAGUCGAAAUGAGAUCUUUUGGACUGUAUGGUUUUGCAAAUUCAGAAUUUGAGGACUUUGGUUAUUUUGUGGUUAUGAUUUGGAGACAAACAACUCAAGGGGUGACAAAAUGUGUAUCAGUUAUAACAAAGAUCAAUUUGGUGCAAUCUCUUGUAACAAAAUUGAGAGGUGAAUGCGUAAAAGAUUUUGAAGUACGGUGGAAGCAAACCAUCAACUAG